CCCCCCCCCCCCCCCCCCCCCCCGCCCCCCCCCCCCCCCCCGCCCCCCCCCCCCCCCCCCCCCCCCCCCCCCCCCCCCCCCCGCCCCCCCCCCCCCCCCCCCCCCGCC